AUGUUCCUAAAGGACGCCCAGGGAAAAGCGCUUCAGUAUGGAAUCACUGCUGCUUGCGGUGCUGGGUUUCUUCUCUUCGGCUAUGACCAGGGCGUUUUUGGUGGUCUCCUGGACAAUGAACCCUUUCUGAGGACCUUCGGCUUCCCGGGAGCUACGAUCCAAGGUCAGAUCGUGGCAACAUACGAUAUCGGCUGCAUUACCGGAACACUCGGGUCCAUGUAUGCCGGUGACAAGUUGGGCCGCAGAAGAUGUAUUCUCAUCGGCUGCGCGAUUUUGAUCAUUGGUGCAAUCCUCCAAACGGCUUCAUAUUCUCUCGCGCAGAUGAUUAUCGGUCGUGUGGUCGCAGGAAUCGGAAACGGACUGAAUACCAUCGCUAUACCUAUCUGGCAGACAGAAACUGCGCGGCCAAAAGAUCGAGGUAAACUCAUUGUUUUUCAGCUAGUCACAAAUAUUUUCGGCAUUGUGAUUACGAAUUGGAUGAACUAUGGCUUUACCUUUAUUCCGCACUCAGAUGUGAGCUGGCGUUUUCCUCUGGCAUUCCAGUGCUUCUUUGCCAUCAUCACCAUUGCCUUAGUUCUUGUGACACCAGAGUCGCCUCGCUGGCUUAUUAUGAAGAAUCGCGUUAUUGCUGGUGUUCACCAUGAGGCUGAAGUGCAGCAGUCGGUGGCCCUGAAAGAAAUUUUCACUCGGAAUAGUAAGCAGCAAACACUUCCCCGUAUGCUUCUGGGAGCUGGUACUGCAUUCUUCCAACAGGUGGGAGGUACCAACGUUAUCGCAUAUUACCUCCCAGUGGUCCUUACCCGAUCAGUUGGUCUGAGCAAUCGCAUGGCUUUGAUCUUGUCCGCUGUGGACUCCAUGUCGCUCAUGUUAUGGGGCUCAAUUGCCGCUCUCUUGAUCGACCGUGUUGGGCGAAAGAGGCUGAUGCUCAUGGGCGUGGCUGCCAGUAGCCUUUGUUUUGCUCUUGUUGCUGUGGGUUUGCGAUACGGCGGGCCAGACAACAAGGGUAUGUCGAUCAUGGCCGUGGUUUUCAUUUUCGUCUACUACGUCUUCUACGGAAUGUCGCUGCUCUCGAUCCCUUAUAUAUACCCCGCCGAAAUCAAUUCUCAGAAAAUGCGCAACAUCGGCACGUCUUUUGCCACGACAGUCAAUUGGCUUUUCGUCUAUGUUGUUGUGGUGGUCACCCCUACCGCCAUCCAAAACAUCCAGUGGCGGUAUUAUAUGCUCUACGCCAUUUUCAACUUUUGCUUUAUCCCAAUCAUAUACUACUUCUACGUUGAGACUGCGACAUUGUCUCUAGAACAAGUUGAUCGGCUCUUUGAAAUCAAGCACAAUGCAGGAAAAGACAUGAGUUGGGCAGACGCAACGCGGAUCGCUCGUACUGAGAGUGAUGAUUUGCAGGAGAAGGAUGCCGUUAUUGAUACAGAGCACUGCGAAAUUGCUCCCUGA